AUGCGAAGUUCAUUCAUUGCGACAGCGUGUUGCAGAUGGAUGAUUUUGAUCUUGAUCUUGUCGACGAACUUUGCUCAUCUUUUUGUGCGCCAAAAAAUCUGUCUAUCUGAUGCAACGAACAAAUCCACUAUCGACGAAUGCGACGAAAUUAGCACACUGGAUGAAUCCGCUCUACAAAUGCUUUGUGAAGAGUGGGAACCACCAUCACAAUUUCCAUCUUUACUUGAUCGAAUUGCUACUUUGCUGGAAAAAUAUCGAAAUAUUCGAUCGUUACACAACUGGCAAAAGAAAUGUCUGAAUUUACCUGCUCGUCGAAAGAAUCAGAAUCUAAUCUACACUCUUCCAACAAGUGGUGGCAAAACAUUAGUGGCGGAAAUUAUGAUGUUGAAUUGUUUAUUUCAUCGAAAUCUUGAUGCUGUCUUUAUUUUACCAUUCGUAGCGGUUGUUCAAGAGAAAGUUCGGAGCCUUCAGCCAUUUGCUGAUGAACUUGGUUUUCAUCUGGAAGAAUAUGCAGCAAGUAAAGGACGUUAUCCACCGUUGAAACGGCGCGUGAAACGAUCUCUCUAUAUUUGUACAAUUGAAAAAGCCAAUUCAUUAAUUAAUAGUCUUAUUGAAAAUAAUCGAAUGACUGAAUUAGGCAUAAUUGUUGUUGACGAACUGCACAUGAUUGGCGAAGGACAACGAGGAGCUACAUUGGAAAGUCUUUUGACUAAAGUUCGAAUGGUUACACCGCAACCACAGAUUAUUGGUAUGUCUGCAACAUUGGCGAAUAUUGGUGAUUUACUUAAAUUUCUCAAUGCACAAUUUUAUGAAGAACGUUUUCGACCGGUUGAACUUGAAGAAUAUGUUAAAGUGAAUGAUAUGGUGUAUAAGAUUGAUCGAAAUAGUCAUCCACAAUUGAUUGAACAUCGACGAUUAGAUUUCAAAUAUACGAAACAAGAUUUGUUGAAUGAUCCUGAUCGACUUGUUGGUCUGGUUUCGGAAGUUAUCCCAAAUGAUUCAUGUUUAGUUUUUUGUGCGUCGAAAGUAAAUUGUGAAAACGUGGCACGUCUGAUUGUUAGUUUUAUGCCCGAAAAAUUACGUGAAGACAAUAGUGAAAAACGUUCGAUUCUACUUGAAGCUCUCGUCGAAGUAAAUGAAGGUGACUUAUGUGAAGUAUUGAAAGCAACUAUUCCCUUUGGUGUUGCAUAUCAUCAUAGUGGUUUAACCGGCGAUGAACGACAAUUAAUUGAAGAAGCAUUCCUAGAUGGAAUUCUGACAUGUAUAACAUGCACAUCAACACUUUCAACUGGUGUUAAUCUACCAGCAAAACGAGUUAUUCUUCGAUCACCAUAUGUUGCUAAUCAAUUUCUAACGAUUGCUCAGUACAAACAAAUGAGCGGACGUGCUGGUCGAACUGGUCAAUCUCAAACUGGCGAAUGCUAUGUAAUCGCUCAUGAAAAAGACAUGAAAUCACUUCGAGAGAUGUUAUUUACUGCAGCUGAAAAUAAUACUGGCUGCGAUAGUCAUCUAGCUACAAAUAACAAUUAUGCAAUCAAACAACUUUUAUUGAAUGUCAUCAGUCUCAAAAUGUGUACAACAUAUGAAUCUUUGACAAGUUUAAUGCGAAAAACUCUUCUCGCUUUACAAGCUGAACGCUUGAAUGUCAAUCUUGAGAAUCUUCUUGAUGAAUGCUUACAAUAUCUAAUCGAUAUGAAAAUUGUUGUGUUAAAAGAAGAAGAACAAGCAAGUAAUGUUACAAGCAGUGGACAUGCUAAACGAAUGAUUUACGAAACAACUAAAUUAGGCAAAGCGACAGUUGAAGGUAGUGUGGAAUUAGGAUUAGCUGAUACAUUGCAUAAGCAUUUAACGAGCAGUUUAAUGAACAUGAAUUUGGAAAACCCAUUACAUUUACUUUAUAUUACCAUGCCAUUCGAUUUAUCCAAUAUGACGAUUGGGUUUCGUCAACUGGUGGAUCGUAUGCAAGAAAUGAAAAGUGAAGAAAAAUUUGUACUGAAACUAUUAGGAAUCGACGAAACAUUUCUACAUAAGAAAGCUGUUGGCUUAUCGGCACAAACAACAGUGAGCAAAGAAACAUUAUUACGCUUUUAUAUCGCCAUGAUGCUGUACGAUCUGUUCAAAAAUAAAAAUUUCUACGAAGUCGCCAAAUUUUGGGACCAAUCACGUGGCACUAUCCAAAAUCUCUACUCCCAAGUGGCAUCAUUUGCAACAUCUAUACUUUAUUUUAGUAAAAUCUACGAUGAAUUUUGGCCUUAUCAACAAUUGUUACCGAUCUUCAUUCAACGAUUAACAUUUUGUACAUCGUUAGAAAUCUUACCGCUGAUGGAAAUUCCCGGGAUUAAGAGAGGUCGUGCUUUACAACUAGUACGUGCAGGUUACCGUACACUUCGAAGUUUAGCGAAAGCACAACCGGAUGAUUUAAUGAAAGCUGUACUUAACUUACCAUUACGAACAGCACAAAUUCUUGUUAAACAUUCCAAGAGACUUCUUCGUGAACAAGCAGAAGAUCUGCGAGAUCAAGCAGCUGAACUAGUCGAACAGAUCGAAUAG